ACACACUUGGUGUGAAAACACACACAUUCACACACACAGUGACACGCAAGGGACUUGAUGGCUUACGGUGUUUGAAGGCAGUUUUUUUAAUGGAGUGUAAAGCGUAUGCAUGCACGCGCACGUACAUGAACGCUCUCGCGCUCACAUACACACGCGCGCGCUUUAUUUAUUCUUGAGCAUCAUGCUGGAUAGGAUACGGAUUUUGGGCAAGAGGUGGAUGUGAGCGUGGUGGCGGUGGUGUGCUGGAUGUGGUCGCAGCCGGACAGACUAAAACCUGCGCCUGGCUCUACCCGGAACCAUUAUGCAGACAGGAAACAACCAUUUUAAGGCCAGGAGCAUCCGAGGAGCUGUCGUCUACAGAGGGGGGGACACCUAAAGCUGACACGGGGCGGAGAGCAACCAGCCGGGGAGAAAAGAGGGAAUAACACGACGGGAACAAAACAAAGGCUCCGUGUGAGGGAAGAGGAGCAGUGAGCCACUCCAGCUGCAUGACUCUACUGUCACACAGACAAUGGACUUAUCGGGGCAGGCCAGCGGAAACAGUUUUUGUUAGCGAGAGAAAAGCAGCCCUCCCGGGCCGAUGGAGAGCCAGGCCUCUCACUCCGCUUUUCCCUGGAUGAAGAAAAAGGCCCCGCUGACAGGCUUUAGGGACCCCGUUCUCGCGGUGCACAGCCACCUUCAUGUGUUCACAUUUUUACUUCCUUGGUUCUGAGUCUGUUUUUUCGCACCCAGACGUCGCAUGCUACGAGAUUGUGGACCUGAAGUCACCGGUUUUCCCCGGACUGUCCUCCUUCCCUCAUUCAGCGCCGUGGUCCAGCCAGCAGGGUGCUCCAGAUACAGACUUGUGGAUCAGCCGGCUCCUCGAAGAUCUCCUUGACUGGAUGGAAGGCCAGUGAAACAAUGGUUCAGCCUGCACAGAAAUAACGGACACACUCCACUUUAUGGGACUGCUAUGGAACAUUCUAAAGAAACACUACAGACUCUGUUUUCUUUUUUAUUAUAGUUUAGUAUAUUUAUGACAUUUUUUUUUUCUUUCUUUCUUUUUUUAAAGAAGCAUUUGACGCUUCGCUCUUUAGCGACACAUUCAUGUAAGGAAAAUCAGGCUCUCGGUGGAUUAUCGUGGCCUGUUGGACGUUAGCAGGACUACUUGUGAAAAUCAGACCGCCGCAGGUUUGAUAAGGGCUCACUGCUGUUUCCAGCAGCUGCAAACGGGUUGUGCCACCCCUGAGUGCAUUGUCACAGCUGCAUUGGGAGAUGUUUCAGUUCAGCAAGUACCCCAUGGACAUUUUAGAAAUGCUAAGUGGACACCAAGCCCACCAGUUCAAAGGCCUUGGAUUAGAACGACAACUGAGCCACCAACAGCAAGUGCAGCUGCAGCACCAGCAGCAGCUGCAACAACAACACCAACCCUGUGGUGACACAUCUGGAAGCCUCUUGUCGGGCCUCGGCCUUGGGUCCCUCCAAACCUCACGGAGCAAUGCUUUUGCAGACUCCUCAUCAUUGUUUGCCAAAAUGAGUGCUCCUCCUCCAUCCAUCUCCCACCAGAGCCAGUCGUCCACGUCGUCUCACAGCUCCAGGAAGUCGAGUAAGAUGAGCAGCAGUAGCAGCAGUGGCAGCGGGAGCUCCUCGUCGGGGUACCCCCAGUUUCUGCGGCCUUUUCACCCUGCUGAGGCAGCGCUGGCUCAGGAGCAGCUCCACUCUGGGAUGGGACGUUUCGACUUUGGUGGGAGCAGCAGUGGAGGAAGCGCAGGAGUCAUUGGGGGGGUUGUCACACCUGCACCCCCGCCUCCCCCGCUCCAUCCAGGUCUCUCUGUGCCCCAGCCCUCUUCUGGCCCUUCUUCCUCCUCACCCUCACCCUCCACCUCUGCUUCCGGCUCCAACAACCCCUCUGGUAGCACUGCGGUCCCCUUAGUUGGCCAGUCCGAUCCUCGCAGUCUCCACCAGCAGUUCAGCUGCAUGCUUGCUGCUAAUCAGUACUUCCUGUCUGGUGUUCCCACCAGCAGCAGCCUAGAGCAGUUUCUCGUCCAGCAGGGCACUCACAACCACCUAGGUUUGGGCCUCGGGCAAGGCGCCUCAGAGUCAAACUCAGCACUGGCUGCUCCUCCUGCACUCCACUCCUCCCACAGCCACACAGCUCCACAGCCUCAGCAGCAACAGCAGCAACUCACCCCACACGCCUUAUCUCAUCCACACAGCCACACUCACCACCCGCACCCUCUUCACCCAGCCCCGCAGCCGGCCCCACUGGGCGGUUUUGAUUUCCAAGGCAUUCCUGUCCUCUCCUCUAACCAGAUAGCAUCGCUAAUGCAGCAAGAGGCUGGCCUCCCCCUCCCGCUGCCCCUGCACCUGUCCCUCUCUAAAGAUGAUGGAGCAAAGUCUGUAGACAGCUCGUCUACGUCAGGAUCGAGUGGGGGUAGCAGGAGAAAGAAGGCAAUGGCGGGUUAUCUGCCCCAGAGGAAAACGGACAGUAGCAGCCACAGCCACAGCAGCAGUAGUGUUAGCAACUGCCACAACAGCAGCUCGAGUGGGCACAGUCAGAGCUCCUCAUCGGGCCUCGUAGGAGGAGGAGGGUCUGGGGGCGUCAGGCUAAGUGGAAUCGGAAGUGAACCGCAGCAUUCCUCUCUCCUCUCACCGUCCUCGCAGCAGCAACAGUCAUCCUCCACUGUGUCCUCCUCCUCAUCUGUUCCCACCUCCUCAAAUCCCACCUCUGUGCUCGUUGCCAACGGAAACCAACAGCUGUCAAAAUCCCAAGAAAAUCAUAACAGCAUCUCAUCAGGCCAGACAGAACCAGAACCCCUUUACCACUGUGGUGAGUGUGGUAAAACCUUCACCCACCUUUCGAGCCUACGAAGGCAUCUCCGCAGCCAUGGGUUGACACCAGAAAGCCAAAGCAGGAAGUCAGACUGUAACUCUCCCAGCCCGGAGAGGAUAUUCUGUUGCGGCGAGUGUGGGAAGAGAUUUAAAAAGAGAGGUCACCUCAUCCAGCACAGUGUCACCCAUUCAGAAAACCGGCCUUUUGUCUGCAGCAUCUGCCAAAAGUCCUUCAACCGUCGAGAGUCACUUACGAGACAUGAGAAGAUCCACGACGAGAAACCUUUCCGCUGCCCGGCAUGUGGGCGUUGUUUUCGUGAGAGCACCUCUCUCCUGAACCAUGCCGCUUCAGGUGCUUGUGGCAAACCUCCACGCAGUUCAAAAAACAGGGCCAGCAGUGCAGGGAGUGCAUCUUCCAACCCUAGCAGCAGUAAAAUGGAAAGUAGAAGUGACAGCGUAGGGAUUUCAAGUGAUGGGGCAGCGAUGGCCAGUGACAAAUAUGCAACAGAUUAUUCCAGAAAUCGCUACCAGAGCCAGUCGUCCUACAACAGCAGCGGUGUCGACGACUACAGACGAUCCCAGCCUUCAUCUCUGUAUCCCUCAGAAAGCACAUUAGCCAAUGAAAUGACCAACCAGACCCUCCGGAAGGCCCCUUUAGCCCCAACUCUUCACCCCCACCCACAAAGUCAGCAACAUCACCACCAUCAACAGCAACAACAGCCGCACCUUCCACUCUCUUCCCUAUUGGAUGAUUCAGAAGAUGAGGUCACCAGCAGUGCAAUGUCAGCCAUCGCUGCUGCAGCCGCCGCCUCGUGCGAUAUAAACACAGAAAGCCGGGAAGGAGAGAGGAGGGAUAUCAUUGGAGGCCUAUUGGGGGGGUUGGGGUUUGGUAACCUAGGUGGACCGUCAUCCACCUCCACCCUGAAUGGUUCCACCAUGCCGCUGACCCACCCCAGCCAGCCGCACACAAAGCCCAGGAGGCCGCGGAAGCCCAGAGAGAAAAGGGAUCCCAAUACCAUCGUCAGGAGGAGGAGGAGCCCAGCACCGCCAGGCGACGGAUCGGAAAGGCCGUACGGAUGUCAGAUAUGUGGCAAACGCUUCAGGAGGGCGGAGACUCUGAGGCGCCACAACCGUGUCCACACAGGGGAAAAGCCUCACGCGUGUGACGUCUGUGGCAAGAUGUUCCGUGAGCCUUUCCACCUCACCAAGCAUCUGACUGUACACUCGGGUCAAAAGAACUACAAGUGCAAUCUUUGCGGGAAGAUGUUCGCCUACGCUCAGAGCCUCGUGAGACACGGGAAGCUGCACAGAAGAGGAGAAAUCGACAACCAGGGGAGGAGAAUAAAAGGUGCUGCUGCCGCCAUCAGCCAAGUCGCCAACACAGGGAACUCUGACUUCUUCUCCUCCUGCUCUCAAGGAGAAAAGUCUCCAACGUCUGGCACGCCAUCACAGAGGCUUUACACCUGCACCGUUUGCUGGAAAUCCUUCCGUCACUAUUUCCACCUGACAGCACAUCAGCAGACUGUCCAUGGCGGCAGGGUGGGGCUGGAGAAGUCUUUUCGCUGUGAAGUGUGUGGCAAAGCCUUUGCUUAUUCUAACAGCUUAGUGCGGCACAAGCUGUCUCAGCAUGGCAUUGACCGCAACGGUCAGCGCGUGAAUCAGAACCAACCCUCUGGAUACUCCCCGCUCUUCUACGAUUCUAAUUCAGCUCCCAACUACGCUGCUUCCUCCCACAUGCCACAGGGGACAUCCGGACAACAACCAAACCCACAACAACAACAACAACCGCCGCCACCACCACCACCACCACCUCCUCCUCCGCCACCCCCACCACAACAGCAGCAACAGCAGCAACAACAACAACAGCAGCAACACCCGCACCCUUUUUACUACCGCCCAAAAAACUACCAAAAGCGUCAUGGGCAGACAAGAAAGCACCGGAAGAAAAAACGGCGAGUAGUGAUCCACAGCAUCAUGAGGGACGGAAAGCUGGUGGGCGUGCCCCUGAGUAAAGACACGCGCAGGAAGCUGAUGAUUCUGAGAAAGAAGAGGGGCAGACUACAGGCUCAGCUCAACAAAAAAAAGCUCCUGGCACAGUUGAGGAUAAAGGGCAGUGUAAUGAAGGUGAAGUCAUGGUGCGGUGGCGCCGUCAGGGUCACGGGGCUUACAUCGAUGGACGUCCCCAUCAAACGCUUCCCCUGCCCCAUCUGCCCAAGCACCAUGUAUGCCAAGCAGGGUUCUCUGCUGGUCCAUCACGCCAUUAGGCACCCACCUAGGAACUCAGGCCGCCACGCCCGUCUGCGGUGCCAGGUGUGUGAGAGGCGCACCAGUUCGUUAUACAAAGCCUUGAAACACAGGGGCCAGCAUCUUAAACAAGCUGCAUUCCAAUGCCACAAAUGCCGACACAGUUUUUGGAACCCGCGGCUACUCGCCCGCCACAAGUUCUGCUGCCGGGCGACCACCAGCAGUGGGGGUGGGAGCUGGGGACUGAUGAGAUCUCCAUCGUCAGAUGAUGAACAUUCACCAGUCCAGCUGCCAGUCCCAGGUCUGGUCCAGCCUGAGAGAUCAACGGUUCUGACUGACUACAGUCAGUAAACAAUUUUUUUUUUUUUUUAGAUUAGAUUGUUUUUGAUGUUUAUUUUUUUUAAAUAAUCCAAGAAGCAAGCAAGAGCUAGCAAGUUUUUAACAAAAAAGACAAAAAAAAAAGGUGGAAGUAUGGGGUUUAGUGUAACUACAGUAAUAACCUCGAGCCUUCCUCCUGUGUACAAUCCUAACUUACCACAGCAACGGUGGUCGAUAAAUUAAAGUGGACUUCAAAAGGCCCAAAAUCAGAACCACCAUCACAGGCUGUUUCCUCUUCCCCAAAGGUGAAGGAACUCAAGACCACAUGACUUUAGUAGCAUCUGUUAUUAAAAACAGAUUCGGCUUCCUGUCCAUCAUGUUUCUGUUUUUUUUUUGUUUGUUUGUUUGUUUUUGUUUGUUUUUGUUUUUGUUUUUAAAUCCCCGGUCAUCAGUGUUUGGGCAUAAAUGUGGAUUGGAUGCCUUUUGUAGAGGGGAUGUAUCUCCGGUAGUAGGGAUGCACCGAUAUUAAACAAUUUGACCAAAAGAAAUGCAGAUUUAUACCUAUAUAUAUUUUAGUGUUUAUUUUUAUUUAUUACACAGCUCCACUAUGAAACAAAAGUUUUUUAUUUUUUCCCCUGUAAUUAUGUUCUGCCAGGUUUGACCACCAGGGGGCACAGUUUUAUCGGUUGGUGUUUUCAGUUAACUUUUGAUAUUUUCUCAAGUGGAGGGAUGGGUGGAUGUUUGUAAUGAGUUGCCAGGUUACAUGGACUCACUGCACCAUCUUGUGGCGAUAGAGGAAAGUACUAAAAGCCACUUUAAUAACUUUAAUAAGUGGCUUUUAGAUAUAAAAUCUUUUAGAUAUACAAUCACUUUUUUAUUUAUUACAUUUUGGAAAGUUUCAAAUUGUUUUUCCCAACAGAGAUUUCCAUAAAGUUCCGUUAAAGUCUUCUGUUCUUCAUCACACUCAGCCAGCACAAAAGUAACGCAACACAACACACAAAUAUCAGUAAAUGCCUUCUUGUGUACUGAUAUCCCUCCAAAUAUCGGUGCAUCUCUAUUUUUUUUAGUUCUAGUUUGCGUUCACAUUAUUCACCGGUAAACAGUAGCGUGUCUGUCUCUUGGUCUGUGUUUAUUUGUUGCCCCCGUGGAAGAACUCUCUUUUUAUACUGAGAUGAAAUUUGCCCUCAAGAUAAAUUUAUCUUUAAUGGAAAAAAGAAAUCCUGAUGUGACACUAUUGUCAUUUUUAAUGAGCUUCUUGGGAGAAUAAAGGGUUUGUUUGUCUAAAGAGACUGAAGGGAGACAGUUGGGACAAACAAAGUGUUGAUCUUGUUUUUAAUGUACACUACUUUAUGAUGUUUUUGAAGAAGCGUGAACAGAGAGUGAGAACAGGAGCUGUUAGUGUGUUCAGGAUUUGAAAAGGAAGAAGAGAAAUAACCGAAGUGUACUGUACAAUUCGUAUUAUAUUUUAUUACAUAUUGAUUUUUUUUUUUUCUCACACCGAGUAUCAUUUCUUUUAUCAUUGUUGCUAAUGUUUGGGUGGGAGGGAACGAGUCAGGGUCUGACUUUGUAAAACAGCGGGAUGAGUAUAUGUAUCGAUGUGAUAUCCUCCCCCCUCCUCCUUGAGCCCCCUUUUACCUACUCCCUCAUUGCCACACUUGAUGCCCCAUUUUUGUAACAGAAGCGUGUACACAUAGUUCAUUACUUAGGUCCUGUCCAGAUGUGUGUUUUCUUUUACCUGUAAAACUAAAACAUGUAAUAUUAUUACUAAAUUACUAUCCUUUUCAUUGCCUAAAAGUGAGUUGUUGAAAACCCUCAAAUCGAAUAAAAAAAAAAUCUGAAACAUUGA